AUGCAAUUUCCAAUUACACAUUUAUUUUUUUUCAUUCUCUUGGCCUCCUCCUUGCCAGUGCAACUACUUGAAAGGAGGGCAGUCGAAUAUGUAACUGCCGAUCCAGUCACUGUGACCAAUCAAAUCGAAGUCGCCCCAGAGGGGUACAGGACCGUCACCACUGUUGUCAGCGGUAGCACCGGCACGUUUUUGCAACAGGUGAUCACCUCAACGAGACAAACGUCAACGGAAGCCACCACAACUGUAAACACAUCAACUAGUACAGGCAUGACCACGUCCACCACCACUGCAGGAUCAACUUCAUCCACGGAAACUACUCCUUCUUCCACCUCAUCUACAGAAGUUAGUACCACACCAACUACUUCUACUUCUACUUCUACUUCUACUUCUGCUACAGAAGUUAGUACAACGCCAACUACUUCUUCUACUUCUAGUUCCUCAACUGAAGCUACCACCGAGUCCACGUCUGAUUCUACGCAAUCUCCAUCAACAUCCUCAUCCGAAACCACACUGAAUACGCCAACUACUACUCCAUCUACCACUCCUCAAACAACACCUACUGAUGCAACACCAAGUCCCGCAACCACUGCAACCACACCACAAACCACAUCUUCCUCCUCCUCCUCCUCUUCUGCAACUUCUUCGACCAGCACCACAACCUCGACCAGCACCACAACGCCAAAACCAACAUACUUCCCCUACACUACGGCCGUCGCUGCAGGUACAUGCUACGUUCUUGAAGCAGAAGACACCAGUGUCGUGGACACCCCCUACACAACCAUUACAAUCACCAGCACAGUCGCCACCGUUACAGUAACAGACGUCUCUGGCCUCAAACUGGCUACAAACUAA